AUGAGUAAUUUACAAUUGGAUUCAAACGACAACAUGGUAAAUUUAUAUAAUAAACGACUCAAAGAUAUUAAUAUUAAUGAAAUAUGUAAUGGUACACUCAGAGAACUUACUCAGUGGCGUGAUGAUUGUCAUAAACAAAUCGAUGAAAUUUAUCAACGAAAGUCCGAAGAACUUGAUGUUUAUAUUAAGAAAAUCAAAAAUACGUAUGAAGAAAAAAAAAUAAAUGUACAAACAAAUAUACAUCAACUUAAUGAAGAAAAUAAAAAGAAUAUAGAAAAUAAUGAUAUAAUAAAAACAAUAAUUCAGUCUAUUGAACAAGAUUUAAAUGAUAUUGAACAACUAUCUAUUAAAAUUAAUACACGAUUAUUAACUAUAGAUGAUAGUUAUGUUCAUAUUGAAAAAGAAUUUAAUUUUGAAAAUCUUUCAUCAAAUUAUUCAAAAUUUAAUUAUUCAACUACCAGUUCAUCAGCUUUAGCAAGUAAUAAAGAAUUUUUAUUAAUGCAUCAAUCUCCAAAUUUAUGUUUAAUUGAUCGAGAUUGUAAAAUAGUAAAACAAAAUGUUUGGCCUCAUGAUUGGAUUCGUGAUAUGUGUUGGUCGGAAACAUGGAACUGUUUUAUUAUAAUAACAACAAAUGAUAUUUAUUGUAUUAAUGAAAUUCUAGAAUAUUCUACUUCAUUAGUUGAUGUUGUUAAACAAGUUUGGUUUUCUUGUACGUGUUCAAAUCAAUCUCUUUAUCUAUCAACAUGUGAAUGGGGUUCAUCAAUAUUUCAAUUUAAUCUUUUACCUUCAUUUGCAUUAAUUAAGCAAUGGGAACCUCCAUUAACAUGUGAAAAACAUGAUGGUAUUAAUGAUAUAAAGUGUAACAAUGAAACGCUUGCUUUAAUGAUUAAUGAUUCAAAAACACAUCAAAAACGUAUGGAAUUAAAAUCGACAGAAACAUUUGAUACAAUUUGGUUACUUCAUUUGAGUAUUGGAUCUGAUAUUCGUUUAUUUACUUGUUGUCUAAUUAAUUAUAAUGAAUGGCUUGCUAUUGAUGGAACUAAUUCACAUGUUUAUCAUAUUUCAAAAGAUGGAAAAUUUAAAACCAAUAUUAAGUAUUCUUCAACGCCUUAUCGAGCAAGUCUACUUAGUUCAAAUAUAUUAGCUAUAUCAGCUGAAGAACAUUUAAAUUUAUAUCGAUUUUCAAUUUAG